AUGGGGCGCCUCACUUUUCCUCGGAUUCAAAAGCUGUCGCGGUUACCGUCUACACUAACACACGCAACAACACCUUGGACCUGUGCAUCAUGUAGACACCAGGCCAAUAGCAGUGGGUGGCAGCGCAUGGCCAGCACCGCAGCAGCCAAGAAGCCAUUCUACGCAACGACGCCGAUAUUCUACGUCAACGCUUCGCCUCACAUAGGACACUUGUACACCCUGGUCUUGGCUGAUGUUUUCAAGAGAUGGAAGGUCCUUCAGGGCGAAAAGGCACUGCUCUGCACAGGCACAGACGAACACGGCAUGAAGAUACAGCGUGCCGCAGCCGCCAGUGGUAUGACUCCGAAGCAGCUUUGCGACGCCAACAGCGAAGUCUUCCUUGAAUUGGCAGAGAAGGCCGGGAUCGACAACGACUUUUUUAUACGCACCACCGAUCCGGAUCACAAGGAAGCUGUUCAGUAUUUCUGGGAUAGGCUAUGGGAUAGAGGGUACAUUUACGAGGCAACUCACAAGGGCUGGUACUGUGUGAGCGACGAGACCUUUUAUCCAGAGUCUACGAUCGAGAAGAGGAAAGAUCCCAUGACGGGAGAGGUGUUCCUCGCCUCCAAGGAGACUGGAAAUGCGGUGGAGUGGAUGGAGGAGAAGACCUACCAUUUCCGUCUGACUGCGCUCAAGGAUCAGCUACUAAGGUUCUUUGAGGAGAAUCCUGAAUGGAUCGUGCCAGCUCCGAGGAUGAAGGAGGUGGUUGAUUGGGUCAAGAACAGCCUCGAGGACCUCUCCGUUUCCCGCCCCACUAGUCGGCUUGACUGGGGCAUCAGGGUGCCCAACGAUGAGAGCCAGACGAUUUAUGUGUGGAUUGAUGCGCUGGUCAACUACCUGACCAAGGCAGGUUACCCGUACUGGACCCCAGAAACGGCUCAAAAAGACGGCUGGCCCGCCGACAUCCAGAUUAUCGGCAAGGACAUUGUGCGCUUUCACUGCGUCUACUGGCCGGCCUUAUUGAUGGCGCUCGACCUGCCAUUGCCAAGGCGUAUUCUCACGCAUUCACACUGGACUCUGGGUGGAAAAAAGAUGUCCAAGUCGCUGGGAAACGUGGUGAACCCCUUCCUAGCCAUGGACCGGUUCGGCGUCGAGGUGAUCCGCUACUUCCUCAUAUCCAAUGGUCGUCUCCUCCAUGACGCCAGCUACGAUAACAAGAUUGUGGUUGAUGUCUACAAGAGGCAGCUCCAGGGCGGUGUGGGAAAUCUACUUGGACGCGUGAUGCGGUCUAAGAAAUGGAACGUUCCCGAGAUUGUCGAGAGGUGCAGUACCGAGGGGCGGCCUACCAACUCCGAUGUUGAGCCAACGUACUCGGCAUUCCAAGAACGUCUUGCUCAACUGCCAGGCAUGGUGGCCGAGGCCUUUGGCGAGUUGGACCCAAGCGCAGCUCUGCGCAGCAUUGCCGAUAUGGCUACUGAGACGAACAAGUUCAUCACCGACUGUGCGCCUUGGAGCGUCAGCAAUAUGGAUGACGCCGACGGAGCAGAGCUGAAAGUGAGGUCGUGCAUUUACCUCUGUGCCGAGUCGCUGAGAAUCAUUGGUAUUUUGCUGCAACCCUUCAUCCCGAAAAAGUCCAGCGAGCUCCUUGACAUGCUGGGCGUUAAGGAAACACACAGAACUCUUGCCCACGCCAGCACAGGAGCCGAUUCCACGUAUGCAAUUUCUACUGACCAAAUCCUUCUGGUCCCGUAUGAUAAACACCAUGUUGUCACCUACCACCGAUGGAUGGAGGACCCCGCAAUACAGGAGGCCACGGCCUCGGAGCCCCUGACGCUCGAAGAGGAGUAUGAGAACCAGCAGUCAUGGCGGGAUUCGCAUGACAAACUCACCUUUAUCCUCUGCCAGCCAGCAAAGGCGGAAGAAGACGGGGUGGAGGCGGGACAAUGCGACUCGCCCGAUAAGAUGAUUGGCGACAUUAACUUUUUCCUGUAUCCCUGGGACGAAGAGGAAGAUAACGAUCAGCAGACGACCAGCACAGAGACGGCAGAAUACGUCGGCGAGAUCGACGUCAUGGUGGCCGAUAUGUCCCAGCGCGGCAAGGGGAUCGGAAAAGCGGCCGUGGAUGCUUUCAUGCACUACAUCUGCUGCAAUUUAAAGCCAAUCCUACAAGAGCACCACGGUGUUACGGGCGAGCCCAGCUUGCGCAAGUUCAUGGUCAAGAUCAAGGCUGACAACCAAGCGAGCAUAGCGCUGUUCAAGGGUGUGGGCUUCAAACAGGAUGGCGAUGUCGACUAUUUUGGCGAGAUCAAGAUGGUUCUAAACGACUUUGGUAGUGUUGCUACCAAAGCGGUGCCUGGAUUCCGCGAGCUGACAUAUUGUCGCCCUCCAGCGCAAAGUGGAAGCACUCAAGGCACCGGUUUGUGA